UUCAGCUGUCCUGCAGUGAGCGUCUGGAUAUGAUGAGGAGUUUUCAGUCUUCAUAUUUCCAACUCCUGUAUCUUCUAAUAGCAGCUUUAUUAGAAUGUAAAGCUCAAACACGGAGACCCUAUGUUCAUCAGUUGAACAUAAACUGUGUUCAGGGUGACAAUAUGUCUAUUUCUUGCCUAACCACAACCCACCCGCUGGAGUCUCUAACAGUCAAACUACACAAGAAAAACCAAGAUAAAGACAUCCUGAUAUAUCCAGACAUCUCUCCAGCAUCAGAGCACCAGAGAUGGUCUGUGAGGAAAGAUGCUGGAAAUGUCACACUUCAUCUGAAAGACAUCAGAUCAUCCGAUGAUGGCUUUUAUGACUGUCAGGUCUACAAGGAUCAGGACUGCCUUCAUUCAACUCGAUUUAACCUGAGUAUUAUAAAGUGUCUAAUGUUGAACGCUGUUCAUGCAACGCUAAACUCUUCAGUGUUACUGCCAUGCUCUGAACAUCCUCUACAAAACAGAACUGAACAAGUUACUUGGAAAAUCCUUAAUGAUCGCCAAUCAACAGAAAUAACCCAAUAUCGCCUUCUAUACAACCCCUUAAGCACUACAGAAAAACGGCCAAAGCCUUUGUAUGAGAGAGUGAGAAAACAAGCGAAUGGAUCUCUGCUUAUAAGGAAUGCAGUCCACACUGAUGAAUCGUGGUAUCGGUGCAGAGCGAAUGAAAAAACCUGCUAUGAGAUGAAGCUGGUUAUGAAAGCCUCCGCUGACAGUCCUUUUGGCCAGGCUGAAAGCAACACUGAGCCCAAGAGUGCAACAGUGACAAAUAAUCUGACAGUAGUAGUGAUGACCACAACAGUGUUUCUGUGUCUCCUCAUAUCACUGACCAUCUGUGUCAUUCUGUAUUUCAAAACACGAAGAUGCAAAACCAACAGCCAAACACAGCUAAAUGGCCGGUUCUCUGUAUAUUACACCCAAGUUGCAGAUGGGUUUGAUGUACCAUUGUAUUCUUUAAUUGAACAAAACACAGCCACAAUGACCACCUUUGGUGCUAAACAAUCAGAAGCUCCUGCAUUUAAACCAGAUGACAUGUAUGAAAAGUUAACAAUGUGA